CGAGUGCCGGCCGGCCCCACACUGGUACGGAGCGGCGCGCUUCAGACUCAUUCGCCGACUCGCGAGGCUGGCGACAUGGCCCGCUUCCUGGAGCUCCUCGUCGUGGGCCUGGUGGGCCUGGCGCUCGGCCUGGCGCUCGCGGACGCGGCCAAACUUCCUGCCUACUUCCGCCCGAAGUGCUCCCGACGGUCAUCCGACGAGGUCCUGUCUGCGUGCGUCCAGAAAGUCGCCAACCAAGGCGUCAGCUCGCUCGCAAACGGAGACAAGAAGCUCGGCAUCCCCAGCAUGCGUCCGCUGGUGGUGCCCCGGAUGGCACUGUCUCAGGGCACGAGCACCGUGGGCCUCAACAUCACCUGGGAGCCGGCUGAGAUCUGGGGACUGGGCGAGAGCCGCCUCUAUAACUACAAGACGAACUACGCCAACAAGAGCACCCACUUCGACGUGCUGAUCCCCUCCUUCACCUUGUCCGGCACGUACCGGUCCAGCGGCCGGGUGCUGCUGCUGCCCAUCCACGGCAACGGCCCCUCCAACGUCACCGUCACCAACCUAAGAGUUCACUACUACUACGAGUGGCCCACAAAGAAGAAUGCCGACGGCAAGGAAUACUUCUACAUCCCCAAGUCGGACAUCAACAUUAUCGGGGCGGACGCCAUGUACAUCAACUUCGACAAUCUCUUCAACGGCGACCAGACGCUAGGCAACAGCAUGAACUUGUUCCUCAACGAGAAUUGGCGGGAGCUGCUAAAGGAGCUGGGCCCCGGCAUGGCCGAGGCCGUGGGGGGAGUGGUGCUGCUGGUGGUCAAGAGGCUGUCGGAGCUCGUCCCAGCAGACGACUUCUGGGCCGAUCGGUGAAACUAUUCUUAGAAAUUAAAUAAACAUUGAUAUAAGCCGAUGGA